CAGAGGGUGGAUCCGUCAAAUCCUCGGCUGUUUAAGAUAAAUAGCCCUGCACUAAGUGUCGGUAUGACGUCUGCUGUGAGGCGGACUGAUGCAGGGGCGUGGCCAACAGGUGCAAAUUCAGGUAAGGCCAGUUCCUGGAGAAGCUCUGGAGCUCACGAGCUUCAGCCCCCCCUCCUUUCAUAUUGUUUCCAUUCAGAGGAGAACUAAAGAUCUGCUGUGAUCAUCAGCUCACCUGAAGAGAAAAACACACACAGGGAGAGGCUGAAACUAUGAAGCUGCCUUUAGGCCUCAGCUUUGCUUUAUUGCUGAUGCUCUCAAACCUGAGGCAGGUGUCCACUCAGGAAUCGCAAGAAUGGAGUUUUGACCCACCCAUUUCCUCAAGCGAUGGUGAGACGAUGGGUGAGAAUGCAUCAGGUUUAAAUGGAGAGGAGGAAAGCUUUCUCUUUUCAAACCAGACUUCAGAAGAUCCUACAAAUGAAGAACCAGAAAACGAGGAGGAUUCUACCACUUUAACUCCACCACCCCAUGUCAUUCCCCUCAACUCCAGUAAUGAUUUCCCACAACUAACCAACAACGAAACCACCAGCAACAGUGGUUCAACCACUGCCAGCCCAGAACUGACCACUAAAAUGAGCAACUAUACAGGCCUGAACAGCACAGUGUCCAGUUCUGGAAGUUUCCCCUCGAACGUGACGGUUAUCGAUACUUUUUACACCCAAAACUCUACUACAAGCUACCAUGGGAACUCUACCACUGCGUAUCCACCAUAUACUGGAAAUACUACUACAGUAGCAUCUACAUCUACAGCCAUUCCAGCUAAUGCUACUACCGUCCAAGCUAAUGCUACUGCCAUUCCAGCUAACGCUACUACCAUCCAAGCUAAUGCUACUACUGUCCAAACUAAUGCUACUACCAUCCCAGCUAACGCUACGACCAUCCCAGCUAAUGCUACUACCACUCCUGCUAACACCACAGAGCUACCCUCCACAAGAGGGAGAGAGUCCACAAGACCCAACAGGACGGGAGUGUCAUUCGACAUGAGAGGAAACUCAGAGAGAGGUGUGUCUCCAGACUUUAAACAGAAUGCUAAAAGUCAGGCAUGGGGAGCCAUUGUAGGGAUUGGUGUUGCAGUGGGAUUUGUUGCCUUGGUGGUCUACGUCAUCAUGAAACGGAGGAGCCACAGGGACUUCUCACACAGGAAGCUGGUGGAGGACAUGCCUCCUGACCCAGUUCUCAGGUUGGACAACAGCGAGCCUCUGGACCUGAAAUACGAUGGCAGUGGCUACUACAACCCUGGAGUUCAAGGAGACAAUAUCCAGAUGACCAACUUCCCAAGAGGACACUCUAACUGAAGAUUACACUGCUGUGCCAAGGAGAACACUGUUAUGUGUGCUGGACCGUGAUGUUACUGAUUGUGAAUCUGGGCAGAACGUAUCUUUAUUAAAGUAUAUAUACAAAAAUCUUUGUAAAGAAAUAACGAAAAUAAUAUGCCAAAUGAAUUUUGCCACUUUAAAUGGACCAAAACCUCUUUUUCUUCUCAUUUUUUCCCUCGUUCGUAUUGACUGCUGGAAAAAAAUGCACAGAUUGAACAGUGUUUUUGGUGUUACAUUAAUUUUUUUAUUCAUUUUUCAUUUAAAUAUAAAUCAUAUGUAGUCCUGUGUUAUCCCAUUUCAGUAAAUAUUAAUAUUAAUAUUAAUCUAGGGUUUCACAUGACAUCAUAUUAUAUAUAUAUAUAUAUAUAUAUAUAUAUAUAUAUAUAUAUAUAUAUAUAUAUAUAUAUAAAUCAGGGAGUGCCUAGCUAGAUAGCUCGCUAACUUUGUUGAAGAAUCUGUUGUAGCUAACAAAUUAGUGCCUGUUCCAUCAGUAUCAAACUUAAAUGAUUCCAUUUUUUGUGAAAAUGUGUUAUCCCAUUUCAGUAAAGAUUAUAUGAUUUAAGUAAUAGUUAGUUAAGUAAUGUACAUCAAACUAUAAGGAAGUAUCCUGAGUGAAUAUAAGUUAUUUUAAUAAAAAGCUUAAUUAUGGUACCUUUUAUGUGUAAUUUCUCUACUGGUGGAAUGGGCACUAAUCUGUUUGCUAGGUAGGUACUUCUGUUGAUGUGUCUUGCCUUGCUUAGACUGUAAUGCAAGCUAAGCUAAGCUAAGCUAAGGUAAAAAAAAAGGCUUAGAUGUGGUUAGUGCUAUGAAAAUCUGAAGUUCUUUAUUAGUCACAAACACAAAAUAUCUAUAUCUUCUUUUUGAGGUACCAGUGUACCUCAGGUUUUCUUCUAAAGUAAGAUGCUAAUUUUAGUAAUAUUUCACCAUUGACUAUUGGGAAAAACAGAAAUUAGCUUCUAAAUUUGUUGGGCACAACAAAUGUGUCUGAACCCUUGAAUACAGUUAUAAGCUGUUUAAUAUAAUUCUUCUUAUUUUUAUUACGUAAAUGUAGUUUUAUUAAAUAAUGCUGGUAAUAUUUUGAUUCAGUUCGAUAUUUUAAAGAUCUUUGUUCCAGAUUUAUUAGUAAAGAUGAUCAGAUGAUAGGUCAGACAGCAGAAUGGGCUUCUGGGAAAUGCAUGUGUAUUAGAACAGUUUGUGGUGUUAUUAUGUGGAUCUACUUGAUGUCAUAUUGAAAAAAACGAGUGUUCAUAUUAAAAAAUAUAUUAAAAAAUCAGGUUCUGAACUUCUUCUGAUCUGUAACAGUGAUUGUGCAGAAACUUCAAAACUUCUUAAAGAUACUGUAGACAGCUCUGGAAAACAAUUAGAGGCCACAUAAAAAGUAUGGGUUUCUUUGAUUUUACCAAAUUAAAAACCUCUGGAAUAUAAUCAAGAGGAAGAUGGAUGAUCACAAACCAUAAAACCAAACUGAACUGCUUAAAUUUUUGCACCAGGAGUAAAGUAGCAUAAAUUUAUCUAAAAGCACUGUGUAAGACUGGUGGAGGAGGAGAACAUGAUGCCACAAUGCAUGAAAACUGUGAUUAAAAACCAGGGUUAUUCCACCAAAUAUUGAUUAUUUCUGAACUCUUAAAACUUUAUGAAUAUGAACUUGUUUUCUUUGCAUUAUUCAAGUCUGAAAGCUCUGUAUCUUUUUUGUUAUUUCAGCCAUUUCUUAUUUUCUGCAAAUAAAUGCUCUAAAUGGCAAUAUUUUUAUUUGGAAUUUGGGAGAAAUGUUGUCUGUAGUUUAUAGAAUAAAACAACAAUGUUAAUUCUACCCAAACAUAAACCUAUGCAUAGAAAAAAACAGAGAAAUUGAUGGUCUCUUAAUUGGUUGGAAUAUUUUAUAUAAUAAGUUUACGGUUAUUCAAUGCAGAUCAUAGAUAAUAACACUGGAGCACUCAAACAAUAAAAUAAACAAAAAAGUUUUCAAAAGAAAA